AUGCUGGUGCCGGGGGGGCCGCGGGAGCGCGGCUGUGCGCGACUCCGAGACGGCAGGAGGCGCGCGGCCUCGCGAGGCUCCGCGUUCCCGGGGCGCCGCGUCCGCAGUCGCUGGGCGCGAACGUUCGCACGUUCCCAGGCGACGGGGCGCACUUGGCGCGCCGGGACCGACGACGACCCCGGGGCCGUGAGCGAGCGGGCCGGGCCCCGGCGCACCGCCGGCCGUGGGAGGGGAGCAGCCGAGGCAUUAGCUAAAGAAGAUAUUGACGAAGCUAUUCAAUCAAUAUUAUAUAGAGAAAAUUAUACCAUUAAGGGAGUCGCGUUUAGGGAACAUUAUGAUCCAAAGGAGUAUGAUCCUUUUUCUAGGAAGAAAGAGGACCCCUCAUUUCUGAAGGUCACCAUGCCACCAUUCCGUGACCCUCUGAAAAAGGCACAAUUUGACAGAGAUGAUGGAAAGAGAACUCUCCUUCAGUGUGAGACCGGAAAAAUAUAUUCAAUGAAAGAAUUUAAAGAGGUAGAGGAGGCCAUGCGUCUCUCCAGGUUACCGAAACUCUCUAGGUCACGGUGCUCACUGACUCCCUGUGACUGGUGUAAAAUAUCUGCAUGCUACAUAGAGAGUGAGCUCUGUCAGCGGAGCAGGUUACGAGUAAGAAAGGAUAUUAAUAGAAGUACUUGUGAUCUGAGACACUGCCCAAGUGAUUCUAGUUUUCCGAAAUCUCAGGAAGAGGAAACAGCAUUCAUGUCCAGAAACAGAGGGCUUUCCUUCCUGGAGGAAAUGCGUCUUCGCUCUCAGGAGGGCAAGAAACCAAGCGCCAGAGAGGCUGUGUCUGGGGCGCACCUGCCUUCCGGGAGCCUGGAGCAGCAGGACACGGUGUUAGUGCGCCAGAAGCACCUCCCUGAUAUCUGA